UGAUGCAACGACUUGCUGAUGAAUCUAUGUAUGAGACAAUUUUUCUCAAAGCAAAAACUAUAAUCGUCUGCUGGGGCUUUCUCAUCACUAGUACUUAUAUAAAGAACGAGCGAGAGCCGAAAUUCGCAUCAACCCUUAAAGAUGACGGACACUCUGCGCUUUCACGGUAACAGCAUCUUCCAAGUCUCGAGGACGCCGAUACCCGAAACCUCAGAUACUGGGGUUUUAGUGAAAGAUGACAAGACGCCCAUCAAUCUGUUGAUGUUGCUGCAUGAUGCUACACGGAUCGACGCAUCGCACACGGCCAAUUCGGGUUAUUCCAAACCUCGGAAGCGCCUGUCCUUGGACACGGAAUUGUCGGUUAUUUCUCUUCGGAUAGUUGUAGAAGGCUUCGCUGAGGGUGAACGAUGCGUCAUAGAUCCCGUUAUUGUAGUGCCAUGGCUGGCAUUUACAGACGGGGAUGUUUUGCCGUACAUGAUGCCACCUUUGUUUACCAGGGACCUCGGCCUUAGUGCAGGCCUACAGAACGUCCGCAGGAUAUCAUCGAAGAUUACCGACAAAGAAGCCUCCUUAAUUGAGCCGAUGGCAUGCAUAACCCAUUCCUUGGACAUUCUCACCACGCCCGCGGGAGCAGAGGUCCUCGUUCUCGGAGAUGGUACCGGUGGUGCCCAAGUUGUACUCACAGCAACAAGGGCCAAAAAGAUGCAGAUCGCCCGUGAGAUGGGCGCUGAAGACGACUACGUCAAAUCGGAAUGCGACAGAGCACAAAUCAAUGUGCAGUGGAAGAAGCUAAACGAUAAUGACCCAUUUGGUUUUGGCACCGUUAUUGAGGCGACGGGUUUUAUAUCACUUGUGAAUGACGCAAUUAACUAUUCCGGAAAGGGUGGAACGCUACUGCUUGAUGUCGUCUACUCAUCCGAUCCUAGACCAGUAGUCAAUUGGUUGCCGUCGAAAAAAAAAAUCCGAAUCAGGCAUCAGACCUUCCCAGGAGCGAUACCCUAUGGAAAGCGGAAGGAUCAGAGCGAAAAUCAUGAAAACCAGACCGGUUUUAGCUUCAUGCUAGAAGAAUUUCCCGAGGCGAGAGAGAACAAGGAAGCUCUCCAUAUCAUCAUGAAACCGUGA